AUGGAAGAAAGUUCCAGCGUUCCUGAGAGUGAUAAAUUCCAAGAGAGUUAUGUUGAGGGUGUGGAUCCUCAACCACCUGGGGAUGCUUUUUCACAGGAAAGCACCGAGACAGUGAAUGUCUUGGUGAAUGACGGAUCGAGUAUAGGCGCUUAUACACUUGAUCUGGUUACACCUCCUAAGUCAGCUUCGGAGGUAGUCAAGUUGCCAACGCUAGAAUCCAACAGAUUCUUGCGAGAUCUGCGUAGUAACGGAAUCAAGCAGAUCUACGUACUCGUCACAGAGGACGAGUACGUCGCCGACAUUCGGUCGGCACAAGUGUUUGCUGAGAACGAACGGGUUCUCAAUAGGUCAUCGAUGGACGAAAGUGUCCUCGAUGAGAAGACCCGGAUUGAGCGAUACACGUCUCAAUUAUGGGAGUAUUUGAAGACAAAUCCUUUGUAUAAGGAUUUAGUCGGAUUCAGGGAUGUUUUCCCUGAAUCCGUGCCAUGCGAGUUGCCUAAGGACAAAUGCACUCGGCACGAAAUUGAACUGAAACCCGAUUCGAAGUACUGUGUCAUAAAGCAGUGGCCACUGCCUCGUGAACAAGUCACAGCGAUCGAAAAAUUCUUUGCAGAUCGCUUAUCGGCUAGUCAUGUGAGGGUCUUUGCAGAUCGCUUAUCGGCUGGUUGUGUGACAUCCCCACACAGCUCUCCGAACUUUUGUGUGCGAAAGGCCACAGGAGGGUGGUGGAUUGUGCACGCGUUCAACAAAUUGAACGCUGCAACGGUACCGCCCCAGACGCCGAUACCGAGGAUGCACGUCAUCAUUGAUGGUAUGGCAAAAAGUAACAUCUUUUCGUCAACGGAUCUGGUGGAUGGUUUCUAUCAGAUCCUCAUGCGUGAACCUGGGACAUCCCAUACAAAGCAGCGAGCACCCCCAGUGGUAUGCUCUGGGAGUGUUCAGUGA